UACACUUCCUGUAACAUUGAGGUUAGCCGCUCUAAGCUCUCGGGUUCUGAAGCAGGAAUGGAGGACGAUGAUGUUGAUCGACAAAUUGAAGAAGAAAUAGAACUUGAAUUAAGCAAAAUCAGUUUUUCAUCCUCUGAAGUAGAUGAUCCUGAUCUUGAUCCUGAUUUAUCAGCAGAGGCUUCAAGUGACAGCGAACCACUUUCAGAUGACCUACCAGAAUCAGUUAUCCAUUAUUUGAAUUUUGUGAAGAGGAGCAGCCACGAUGCAGAAAAGUUCAUUUUGCAAGAUUGGGAAAACGAUGAAAUAUCAAGUAAUAUAUACAAGGUAGUUCCUAAUAAUGCUUCAGAGUACUUGGCUGAGUUGGCUUCUGAAUAUAAUGAAGAUCCAGAAGAAUUAAAGAAAAGGGUAUUGUCUGAAAUAGAAGAUGAAGAACAACAGAUGAAUGUGACUUCUGAUAAUACAAUAGAGGCCAAUGAUAAUGGAGACAUUGCUUCCAGUGAAAUUGCUGAUAGAUGUUCUUUGGCAGAUGACGGUGGCACAGACCUUAGCUUUACUUUCCAAGAAGUUGAAGAAAGAUGCAAGCGAGAAUAUGAGCUCUGGGAAGAAAAGCAAAAUGAACUAGAAAAUGAAAGAAUAAAACAGUUGACAAUUAUGAAGUGCAUGGAAAAAACGCAAAAUGAGGAGGAGGAGAAAAGGAGGCAACUACGGCAGGAGGAACUGGAAGCUGAAAGAAUGAAGUUAGAAAUGUUCCAUGCGCAACAACAGGCAGUGAUGGAAAAGGAGCUGAUGAAAGAGGAGAAGUCUUGGGAAGAACAAAUGAGACGGCACGAGGAGUUGAUUCAUAACUUACAGAUACAAAUAGAAGAAGAAAAGAAGGCAUUUGAAGAACAACAAGCUAUGGAAAGACAACACUUGGCAGAACUGCAGAAUAUGGCUGCUGUAAAAAUCCAAGCUACCUUUAGAGCCUUCUUGGUGUACAAAAAAUAUUCCCCUGUCUUGAAAGAAAGGAAAAAAGAACUAGAAAAGCAAAGAGAAUUGCAAGAAGCGAUGGAAAGGGAAAGGAAAGAAAAGGAGGAAAGAUGGAUGAAAAGGGCCCUAGAGAAGAAGGAACAAGAGGAGAAAGAAAGAAAGAGAAGGGAAGAAAAAAAGAGGCAAGAACUUGAGGAAAAGAUGAAGAGGCAUGAAGAAUAUGAAAAGAAGAAAGAAAUUUUGAGAUUUCAGCGAGAACAACUAAUAUUGGAAGAACUGAAAAGGACAGAAAAAGACCAGCUAGAAUUUGUGAUAGAAAAGAAAAUGGAGUCUGAAAAUGUGGAUAAAGAAAAACUGCUGGCUAAAAACAGAAAAAUAGUUAAAGAAGUCAAAGGAGAUGAUGAAACUGAAAAAUCAGAAAGGCAAAUGAAGCUGGACAAUAUUGAUAAUGUUACAAAAAUAACAAAGAAAUUAAAAGCAAAAGAAGAGGUAGAAGAACGAAAGGAAGAAGAAACUCUCACAAUAAAAAGGGGAAUGGGGCCCCCAAAUACAGAGAAGGCUUUAGAAAUAGCAAAUAAGGAGGAAGAAAUCAAAAAGGUAAAAAAACAGGAGGAAGCUAAAUAUGGAAGAAUGAAAUUAAUUGAGGAAAAGCAACAGAAAAAUGAAACACAGGAAAAAUGGUAUGAGAAAGAGAAACAAGAUGAAAUACAUGAAAUGAUGCAUGUAGGGAAUGAUGACAGAGACCGUUUUUUGACAACUGUGGAAUUUCAGGGAAAUGGUAAUACAAAUGUUGUCAAUAAUGAAACUAUUACAAUAGUUAAUCAGGAAAACAGCAGGCAUAGCAGUUGUAUCAGCAUGGAUGUUCAGCUAGAUUCUGGAGGCACUGGACAGACAGAUGGAUCUUAUGCAUCUGAAAAUAUUAAAACAGAGCUUGCUUUAAAAGAAAUUCAUGAAGAAGUCACUAGUCGGGCCAGACAUGAGAAUCCAGUCAAUUCUUUUGAGCAACCGCUCGUGCUUUCAGAUUCUAUUGAAAAGAAGAGGUUAGCGUGGAUGAAAGGAUGUAAAUCCUGGUCUAGAAUUUAUAGGGAACAUCAGGGGAAGAAAAUAGUUGAAAGAAGCAGGCCACGGAAAUGCUCCUCUGGUCUGUUGCCUCCUCUGAGUGCUGCCAUGAUAAUGCAGGCUGGCCCUUGGAAUUCUCUGCAACAGGUGACCACAGUUACCUUUCAAGAUUUGCCGGGCUGCAGCCUCUCCACGUUGUCACAGUGUUCAAAGCUACAAUUUUUGAGUCUCAGACGUUGUGGAUUGCUUUCUUUGGAAGGACUCAGCAACUGCAAAGAUCUAAAAUACAUAGAUGCAGAGGGAAACAAUAUUAAGGGGAUUAAUUGUGAGAAUCUAGAAAAUCUCUGCAUUCUAAUUCUGAACAAAAAUGACAUUUCAUCCCUUCAUGGUUUAUAUGGCUGCACUAAUCUCUGGAAUCUUGAACUUUCCUACAAUAAAAUCACUCGAAUUGGUGGAUUGGAGUCAUUGAAAAAUCUUCAACGACUUGUUGUUGAUCACAAUCAAUUGAUCAGCACCAAAGGACUAUCUCAUACUCCUACUCUAGUGUAUAUAGAUUGUUCCUUUAAUCAUCUUACUCAUAUUGAUGGCAUUGAAAAUUGUGGCCUUCUUCAAAUUCUGAAGUUACAAGGGAAUAACCUCAAUGAGUUCCCCAGCCUGGAAAAUCAUGUUUUGCUAAGAGAAUUAUACUUGGAAGACAACAGCAUUUCAACUUUGGGAAAGCUUUCUACAUAUUGGCUGCCUUUGCUACAGAUACUUUUUAUCUCACAAAACAGUUUGACUGAACUUGCACCUCUUUUUUCGUGUGUGUCUUUGGAAAAGCUAGAUAUCAGUAACAACUGCUUAUUAGAUCUUAACAGUGUCAUUCAGUGGCUUUAUGGUUGUGAUAGCCUAAGAGAAUUAUCCUUGCAAGGAAAUCCACUUCUUCAAGAGGAGAACUGGAGGCGGUUUUUACUUAAAGUUCUUCCCAGUUUGAAUGUGCUUAAUGAUGAAAACAUAAAGUCUGAUGCAGAAAAUGCAGAUGAAAGAAUGAUAAACAAACCACAGCCAGGAAGCUUUGCAGCAUUUUGUCAAGCUCAGAUUCAAAAAAUUGAUUUAGUCAGCAAAAAAGCCACAACUAGGUUAAUUGAAUUCUCUACAGAUGCUGUACAGCUCCAGAGUUGGUAUCUUAAGAAGCUGAUGAAGCUAAGUAGUGAGCACCGUUACGCACAUGAAUAUGGACUUCUAAAUGCUACUGAAGGAGAGGAACCAGGAAAACGGACAGAUACUUUGAACCAAGAAGCCAUUAACAUCACAGAGCAAAAUAACUUAUGUAUAACUGGUGUAAAACAAAAUAAUCAGGACUCAUUCAUUAUGGCUGAAAGACGGAGUGCUCUUGGCCACACUCAGGCUAUGUCCGUUAACUCUUUCGUGACAGUGUCUGGAAUGGGGAAGAACGAAGAACACAGACAAGAGGACAUUAUUCAACAUUCCCUUAAUCACAACGAGGAAAGCAAAGAUAACGUAUUAAUCAGUCUACAGAGAAACACAUCCAGCAAGCAAAUCAUGGAAAGCAAUGGAGGAAAUUAUCUUCAACAUUUUGACAGUUCACAAAACUUGGCAGCCACAGUUAUCCAAUCACACUGGCGAAGCUACUGUGUUCGUAAAAAGAUAAAUUUCCAUACGUGGCAACAUCUGGCUGCAACUGUGAUCCAGUCUUAUUGGCGAAGCUACUGUACCAGAAAAAAGAUUGUCAACCGAAAGAAGGAAGAUCACCAUGAUUCCAUGGCCAAGCAUAAAGCUGCUACCAAGCUUCAGGCACUCUGGAAAGGUUUCCGUCUGCGAAAGAAACUGGCCAGUGCUUUGGCAGCUGUUAAAACUGAUGAAGCUGAUGAUGACUAUAGCGGAAUAGAUGUGGAUGCCUUUAUGUUUGAUGAAGCUGUCAUAGAAAAAGAAUGGCCAGCUUUGGAUUCCACCCGCUUCCUUUCACAAACACUGCUAUUCUCAGACCAAUUGCCCUCGCCAAAGUAUAAUGAACCUACAGGAUGUGGAGACAAUUCACAUCAUUUAAAGUUGCUUCCACAUAAAACUCGGCAGCUUAAGGAAAGACCCAAAUCAUUCUUGUCAGAAAGCAGUCAGAAUAGUAACAGGUCAGAGAACACUCUCUCACAGCUCUCUGACCUGAAACUCCCCCAAAGGUCAUCACAAAGAUCAGAAAAAGAAGAAAAAAUUUCAGAAGAAUGGGGUUUUAAAGACAUUUCUACGGCACAGUUGAUGCUAAAGAGAGCACAUAAAAUGAAAGCAAAGAAAUCUAAUAAGUUUGACCCAGCUGUGCGCCUGGCGUUGUUCAAAAACAAUGAAAAUAAACAUCCCCCUGUGAAACCACCAAAGAAGGCACAGACUGCAAAAACUGGUUACUUUGAAGGUAAGGAAGAAGCAUUUGCUUAUAGUUCCGCAGAGAAGAUGGAAAGGAGCAAAGAACGUACAUACCACUGGCUUCAUACACAGGUUUGGGAUUUUGAAGCAACUAGCCCCACAAAUGAAAAAUGCAAGCAUUUCCUACCUGAGAUAGAUCCAGAAGUUAUCAAGGGAGGAAGAGUUCAACUUGUGACAAGCCCUGUAAGGAGAGAAGACACGGAUUUAGAGCUUGUUUCCAUGACCAGUGGAAGUACUUUGACUCAGAACAAAGAAAAAAAUAAUCAGCCACACAGACACUCUGCAGGACCUUCAAAAAUUGAAGGCAAAAAAGAGUAUAGUAUGCAAUUAAUCCACAAACAGCAGUUAAGCACAUACUGCGAAAAGGAUGCUCCUGUGCCUGAAAGAUCACUUUUGGGGCCCUCGCAUAAAGAGCGGAUAUCAUUUCGAGACCAUCCAGUUCAGCUCAGCGGUGGAUGGGGAAGUGGCAAAAAGAAGGCAAAAGCUUUGAAAUAGUCAUUGGACCUUCAGCAUUUAAAACAUAUGGUGAGCCUGUGCAUUGUCAUUCUUUUUGGAUUCUGCAGAUGGAAAGUUCCUCAGCUCCAUGUAUGCUGUAUUUUAUUUUAUGCUGCAUGAUUUCCCACCUUUUCUUCUUCUUCUUCUUCUUUGGCUAAGUUCUUUUAUAAAUGUCAGAGAAAUUACAAUAUUUGUAUCUGAAAUUUAUUUUUGCAGUAUGGUUUAAAAGCAUGUAUGGAAUUAUUAUAAAGCGGCUGGUAUGAUCCGGUGAACAAAUGGAUGUAUACAUACAAUAAUGGUUUGUGAUUACGCAGUGGUAUGUGACUGAGAUAGCCUGCUCCACAGUUGGACUCAAGUACAUGUGUUUAAACUCGUUUACUGCACCUCUCAAUCAAGCAAAACAAAUCAAAAUCAAUUUGGCUCAAAUCUAGGUAUUUUGCUUCUUUGCUUUGUAGAUUGGAAUAUGUAUCUGUUAAAAAGUAAAAUGUGGAAUGUCCAUCUUAUUCCAAACAUAUUAAUGAUGUAAAUCUGUUUUGUGUAAAAAUGCAUCAAAUUCUCCCCAGCAGUUGCACAUCCCAGUGGGGUGAAUGAAUGCACAUUCACAGCACGUUAAAAUUCGGUAAUGUGAUAUUAAGAUCUGUUUCAUAAUUCCAAAUUCCAAAUUUCAUCACACA